AUGGAUGAAGAGGUGAUCGAAAUUCACACACUCUCGGAAUUCGAAGGGCUGGAUGAGAAAACCGAGUCGACGGACGAGGAGUCGAUGAUCAAAGUCAUGGCGAAGUCGCGUCUUCCAAGCGAAGACUCUGGAAUCGGCAUCAACGAUGGCGAUAACGCGAGUUCUGGAAAAGUUUUAUACCCUACUACUCCGAACAUGGCUUUGGUUCGACUAGAACUCAAUGGCCGCGAUGGUUCUGGUAUUUAUAUAGACAAUAAAGCAGUCUGGGAGAACACAGGACUCGUGCCAAAGUACUACAAGCCCUACUCACUCAUCGAAACAGACGGCCAGUCAAGUCAAGAAAAUGGGCCAGUCUACAAGUGUCACUUUUGCCACAUGCAUUACAAAGGUCACAAUUCCAUCGUUUAUCACGCCCGUCGUCAUGUAGGCGAUUAUCCGUAUAAAUGUGGAGAACCCGGUUGCAAUUUUCACGAGGUCUGCAAAUCGGGUCUAAGCUCCCACACUCGUCGCACAGGGCACCGCGCUCAAAUAAGAAUAGAAGGACCAGAACGCGAGGCAGCACCGGCGAGGACGGUAACUCCGGUCUCCAAGGUGGAGAAGAUGCCCGACCCGGACCAAUUUGCAUCGAACUUGAUCAAGGAACGAACCCAAAAUGCAAUCGGCAAACAAUUUCUUCCCGAAAGUCAGAAGAAGUUCUUUCUUUCUGAAAGACUUCAGAAACACGAAUCGAUGCCACCCUUUUGCGAGGACUUCAGAAACUUCAAACCGAUUCGCCACUCUUCACUAGUACCGUCAGUUCCAGAGAGCCAGCGGGCAAAAGUCUACGAAGAAGCGACAGGAAUGAUUCCCAAGUAUAUGAAGCCCUUCAGGAUCCUGCCAGUGACGGAGAACAAGGUGGUGUACAAGUGUGAUCGCUGCGGAAGCAACUACACCAGCUACGACGACAUCGUCUCGCACGCUCGUCGCCACUACGGCGAUCAUCCUUAUCGCUGCAUCACUUGUGGAUUCGCCGGCGUCUGCAGAAGCGCCUUGGAGAUGCACAUGUUCGAGAAAGACCAUCCGAAGGCAAUCUUUCUGAAGCAUUCUAACGUCCAUGAGUUCAUCCUCAAGCCGAAACAAAAGCCAGACAAUGCCACUGAAAAACGCUCACGAGUGAGCUCGCCUUCUCCGCAAAUCACCCCGCGCUUCAUGCAGACUCAGUCAAAUGGGGACCCGAUUAAGGACGAUCCUGCUCUACGACUUCAGUACGCUCGGGCGAUGCAAGCUCAGGCCAAAGUUGCAUCCGAGUCGGGCUGGAACAGUACUCCUAUUAAAGAUCCGAUGGCUUCAAGUCUAGAUAUGUCCAAUUACUUCUUGGCAAAUGGAUUCCCUUGGUUCGCGUCCUAUCCCUUCCCGCCCUCCGUCAAUCAGACUGGUCAGCCUCUUGCGACUUCGGCCCCACCUAAGAAACCUCAGCAGCCACCUAAAGCCUCAAAGAAAGCAAAGGCCCAAGAAGAUACGCUAAAGAGAACGCCCAGAUCAUCUCCAGCGCCCGUUGCAGAUUCAGACGUCCCCAAGAAAGUGCCCAAACCGCCAAUGAGCCCAUUGACGAUCAAAAAAGAAACGCUAGAACUUCCAAAAACGCCUGAACCUUCAAGAGAAAAACUUUUGAUUGUUCCAAAAAAUGGCGUGAAGAGGAAAGCCGAGGAAGAACAAGCGCCUGAUCUGACGAUAAAAAUGGUGCCAGAAAUUCCCGACUACGAGCACCUGAUCUGGCUCGCCGAGAAAGUUCAAGCGCGGAACGAUUUGCUCACGCACAACUGGGACUUUUGCUCCACUUGCAAGUCUGCCUUUUACAACACUGAUCUGUACAUGUCACACUUUGCCUCUUCUCCCGAAUGCCGCCCUCCAAAAUAA